AUGCCUGUGGGCAGCUGCUUGAUAACGGGUGGCACGGGCUACAUCGGCUCCUUCACAGCCCUCGCCCUGCUAGAGGCCGACUACAAAGUCGUCAUCGUCGACAACCUCUACAAUUCGUCCCCCGAGGUGCUCAACCGGAUAGAACUCAUAUGUGGCCGCCGGCCUGAAUACUACAACGCCGACAUCACCGACGAGAAAGCCCUCGACGAUGUCUUCUCCAAACACCCCGACAUCGACAGCGUCAUCCACUUCGCCGCCCUCAAGGCUGUGGGCGAGUCUGGUGAGAUACCCCUCGAAUACUACCGCGUCAAUGUCUACGGGACGCUAUGCCUGUUGAGAUCUGCCGCGCGAAACAAUGUCACGAAUGUCGUCUACUCCUCCUCUGCGACUGUCUAUGGCGACGCUACCCGCGUGCCAGGCAUGAUCCCCAUCCCUGAAGAAUGCCCCCUCGGUCCCACAAACCCCUACGGCAACACCAAAUUCACCUCCGAACUCAUGAUCACGGACCACAUCACCGCCGAACGCGCAAAGGCCCAGAAGAAUGGAGAUGCCACCCAAGUCAAAAAAUGGAAUGCUGGCCUGCUGAGAUACUUCAACCCCGCCGGCGCACAUCCCAGCGGCAUCAUGGGCGAAGACCCGUCGGGAGUCCCCUACAACCUGCUCCCACUUCUCGCCCAAGUCGCCACGGGGAAACGAGAGAAGCUCCUAGUCUUUGGCGAUGACUACGCCUCUCACGACGGCACCGCCAUUCGCGAUUACAUCCAUAUUCUCGACCUGGCGGCCGGCCAUCUCGCAGCACUGGACUACCUCCGUAAUCACCAACCCGGUGUUCGAGCCUGGAACCUCGGUACCGGCCGAGGCAGCACCGUUUUCGACAUGAUCAAGGCCUUCAGCAAAGCCGUGGGCCGGGAUCUCCCUUACCAGGUCGUGGGCCGUCGUCCUGGAGACGUCCUCGAUCUCACAAGCAACCCUACUCGCGCCAAUCGCGAGCUCGGCUGGGAAACCAAGCGGAAGAUGGAAGACGCGUGCGCAGACCUCUGGCGCUGGACCGAGAAUAACCCCGAAGGGUAUCGACAGGCCCCGCCGCAGAAGUUUCUGGACGAGCUGAAGAAGAAGAAUUAG